GGGAUAUACAAAAAACAGGAUGAGCACGUUCGGCGGGAAAAUUCAAGAAAUUGAGAACAUUAGCAUUGAUCGAUUUAUUGGAGAAAAUUUGUUUUCAGAAGCAUUCUUUUUGUCGCAUUGUCACACUGAUCACAUGGAAGGUAUUUGGUCUGAUGAGUUUAACCAACAGUUAGAAGACAAUAAUAAAAUUUUGUAUGCCUCCCAAAUAUCAUGUAAAAUUUUAGAACAAAUGGAUCAUUGUUUUAAAUAUCACUGUAAGGCGUUAGACUUAAUGGUACCAACAACAAUUUAUUUAAAAGAUAGUCAUUUCUCUGUAACUCUGAUACCUGCAGGACAUUGUCCUGGAUCUGUAAUGUUCCUUUUUGAAAGUGAUAAGAGAAUUCUGUAUACAGGGGAUUAUAGAAUUAGAAAGAGCGACAUCAGUAAGUUUAACUGUUUUUUUGACAAUGAAGGAAAAAUAAAAGUAAUUGAUAAAAUAUAUUUAGACACAACAUUCUUUCACAAAAAAUAUUUAAAUUUUCCUAAAAGAGAGGAAAGUCUUAGAGAAAUUUGUGAAAUCAUCGAAGAAUGGAUAACGAAGGGCAAAGAUUUUCAUAUAUAUCUCGAUACAAGUGCUAAAUAUGGGUAUGAAUAUCUUUUUAAAGAAAUUUUUAUGAAAAUAGGCAUGCCAAUCCACAUUAAUUACGAUGCCAAUAAACUCUACUCACUGGUACCAGAGCUGGACUGUGCAGUAACUUCAAAUAGUGAUAUAACUCAGUUACAUUCACAUUGUUUCGGCUGGAGGAGAAGGUGUACUUUUAGCGAUGAUAGCAAUGUAAAAACUAUUAAAGUAUCAGCUCUAAGGUGGGACCAAGAAGACUUAGCUCAAGGCUUAUCAGAAUAUAAAUCUGGAAUUCACUACGUUUGUUACUCUACCCAUGCUUCAUAUGAGGAAGGUGUGGAAUUUAUUCGGUUUUUUAAACCAAAGGAAAUAGAUAUAUGUGUAAAGCAUCAGGAUCCUCAAUUAAAUAGGGAAAUGUCUGACGACAUUGAUGAGCUUGUGAAAGAAUUUCACGUAGAAAAUAGAAUUAUAGUAAUGCCGAAAUUAUUUAACACUGACAGAAAGAGAAAAAAAUUUAAAAGCAAUAAACGACAUUCUACUUCUCAAAUAUUAAAUUCACCUCCUAGAUUGUCUUUUGUAGAAGGCUGUGAAAUUAAAUCGGAGAAUAUUUCCUAUCAAGUUAGUGCCUCCAAAGAAAAAUGUAUUAUCGAAUCUACAUCUAAAGAAGAAUACGUAUCUCUAGCCUUGUUCGAUACAGAUACGCACGAUAAGAAUAGUUUAAGUUUGCCUUCAUCACCUCAAAAAGUUUUGCCAAUGAAAAGAAGUAUAGAUACAGUAGAUGAAGCAGAUAUCGUUAAUGUGAUAAAACCUUUAAAUCAAAAAGAAGAAGUUGAAGAAAGCGUACAAAAUUGUAAAAUUAAAUCAGAGAAUGUUUCUUAUCAAGUUAGUGCCUAUGAAGAAAAAUGUAUUAUCGAAUCUACAUCUAAAGAAGAAUACCUACCUCUAGCCUUGUUCGAUACAGAUGUGCAAGAAAAUAAUAAUUUAAGUUUGCCUUCAUCACCUCAAAAAGAUUUGUCAGUGAAAAGAAGUAUAGAUACAGUAGAUGAAGCAGAAAUUAAUGUGGUAGAACCUUUAAAUCAAAUGGAGGAAGUUGAAGACAGUGUUUUAUUUAACCUAAUAUUCACUCCACCAGAAACAAGCAGUGAAGAUAUAAAAGAACAUGUAGAAGUAGAUACAAGGACUGACAAUCUUGAAGAUGAAGAUAGUGUUAUUUUAAAAAUAAUUAAUUUCUCUUAUGAUUCUGAAAGGUAACAUUACAUAAACUUAGGGGCAAUAUUACAGGAGCGCAAAAAAGAGACAAUUUUUUGCUUAUGAUUUAUCUUGAUUUAAUAUACAGCUCCCGGAACGAACCAUAGCCGGUGACAAACGUUGUCGUCGGUUGUACACCCCCCUAAACUUUACGCAGAGAGGAUUUCUCUCACCGACCAUGGUUCGCUCCGGGAGCUGUACAGUAGGGUGGCCGAAAUUUUUUUUCUGUAAAAUAACAACAACUGAGGUCAAAAAAGUUACAUUGUACUAAAAUACAGAUUUUAAGUCCAAAAUGAGUAGCUAAAAGUAUUUUCCUCCACUGCCACAAAGACUCUGUAUUUUUUUAAUAUAAAAAGUCAUAGUCAUUGUGGCAGUGGAAACAAUAAAAAAUAUUAAUUUUUUUAAACGCAGAUCUUCAUAUGUUUUUCUUAUCUAAUUUUUGAAACAUCAGAGUUAGGUAAGUAUUUAUUUUUCCCAAAAAAAAAUAAAAUCAAAAAGAAAUAAAAUCUGUAUUGUUGUAGCGGGUUCAUUGUAUACUUUAUAUAAAGUCACUAAAUAAUAAUUAAACAAAAAUUAAAUUAGGAAUUUAGCUAAGGAUUUUUCUAGCUUUUAUAAAAUACUAAAAUUAAAACCCAACUAUAGCCACAGAUUUUCUUAACAUUCUGUUUUUUUUAUUCAUUCGCUUAUGUUGGAUAAUAAAAAAGUUAGGCACUUUAACAACUACCCCUGUUUUUCGUCAAUACAG